AUGCCCGCGGUACAACACCGACGCUCCCGUGCGGGCUGCCACCGCUGCCGGCAACAGCACAAGCGCUGCGACCAGCACAAGCCGGCGUGCGUGCGGUGCCAACAGGCGGGCAGCGCGUGCAGUUAUGCGCUCAACAUUCAAUGGGGCGGCCGGGCGUUUCCCAAGAUGAUGGGCAGCUAUGCCGGCCGGGUCCAGCGGCUGAGCAAUGGCGGCAGCAGCGGUGCGCUGGACAUGGACGGGCGUGGGGGGUUCGUCUACAUUGCGCAGCCGUCACCACCCGCGCCGGCAGCACGCCCACGGCCCGACCGACCCCGGCGGCCGAGACGAGACGAGCCACGUCCCACGGCCAGAAGAACGUCACCACCACCCAGUGCAAUGGAAGACGCUCCUGCGUGCGACCCAAACGGCGUCACGACCGUGUCGCGACGGCCGACGUCAGUCUUCUUGGCCCCCCAGAUCGACAUGCCCGAGCUCUCGCCGUCCAGCCUCUCCCCCUUGCACCGGUUCCUGUUCCACCACUACAUGCACGAGACCAUUCGGCUCACGGCGCCCAGCGACUAUGCGCGCACGGAAAUCUGCCGCCUCGUCGUGCCCAUGUCGUUCCGCCACCCGUGCCUGCUGUACGCCGUCCUCGCGUUUGGUGCACGGCACGUGCACGCGCUGGGCGGCUUCCCGGUGGGCGUGCCGGGCGACCGCUUGAUUAUGGAGCUCGAGGACGAGAGCAUGCGGCACCUGCGGCAGCAGCUGUCGGACGGCCCGCACCUGCACCAGCAUGCCUCGGUCGCGCUGGCCACGACCCGGACGCUCUGCCAGUCGCAAAUCUUUGCCACGGGCCACGCCUGGCGGACGCACCUGGAGGGGGCACGAGCCAUUCUGCAAGCUGUGGGCGACGCGCAAAAGACAGCACCACACACCAAAUUGUCGUCGUCGUCAUCGUCAUCGUCGUCGUCGUUAGAAUCAGAGCUGGAAGUGUUUUUGGCCAGCUGGUACGACAACGUGGAGGCACAGGCGGCACUGACACCGCUCGGCUUGCGUCGAGGCCAGUUGGAGAUGGCGCAUACGCGACGGAACAGCGUCCGACCGCGGACGAAGAACAGCGAGGACGUCUACUUUGACGUGUUUGGCGGCGUGGCCUCGGACGUGCCGGACCUGAUACGCGAGGUGGGGGCGCUGGUCAUGGAGAAGCGGCGCUCUAUGAAAGGGGGCAGCGAGAGACGGGUGGUUGACGCUGAGCAUGAUGAGAAGGAGCAGGACGACGACCAAGCCGACUGUAUUCUGUCUGCGGACGACAUUGCCCGCGAGGCCGAAGCGCUCGUCAGCGCCAUCCACGUCCGUCUCCAGCGGGACGCCGUUGGCAACACCCUGCGCCGCCUGCAAAGCGACGACCGCGUGGCCCGCUCGCUGCCUCGCGAUGCCAUGCACGACUACGCCCUGAGCAACGCGGGGUUCUUGCAUACGGCCCUGCUGUACAUUCACGGUGCCGUGCAGGGCCUGCCGCCGACGGCGCCGUGCAUUCAGCACUCGGUGCAGCAGAUCCUCUGGGCCUCGGACAACAUGCGGUCGCCGUCGGCUCCGCUGUCCCCGCGUGUGCUCAUGGCCACGCCUCUCUUCUCGGCCGGGCUGUGGGCCCUGCCUGACGCCCAAGUCGCGAUCCAACGGUCGUUUGCCGCCAUGGGCAUGUGGAUGCGGACGCCGCACAAUCGGCGGUCGGCGGCACUCCUGGCAUACGUGUGGAGCAAGACAGCGGCGAGCCCGGAGGCAUGCCACGAUGUGCUGACAUACUUGGCUCCCUUUGGCUGGCUCCCUCGGAAUGAACCUGAGCAGACACGACUGGUCCUUGGGCCGCGACGAGAUGAUCUGAUCGGACAUGGACAUGUCGGCGGGCGGCUUCCCGUCGGUGUCGGCCAGCACGGUCUGGAACUGGCUGUAGACGUCGCGCAGCAGCAGCUUCAUCUCGGCCAUGGCCAGGUGGCGGCCGAGACAGCCGCGGCCGCCGUUGGAGAAGGCAAAGAAGCGGCGAUUCAUCUCGGCAUCGAGCUCUGCGUCCGCACCCAGCCACCGCUCCGGGUCAAAGGCGUCCGGCCGCGAAAAGACAGCCUCAUCGAAGCGGUGCAUCGUGUAUGGCUGGCAGCUCACAAUGGUGCCGGCGGGCAGCCAGGUGCCGUCGACCUCGCGGCCGCCGGCGGGGACGUACCGCGGCAGACUCAUGGGGAUGGAGGGGAAGACGCGCAGCCCCUCUUUGAGGACGGCAUGGAGAUAGGGCAGGCUGUCGCGGGUCUGCAUGGCCUGGCUCUCGGGCAGGGACAGCUGCCACAUCAGCCAGCAGAGCACGUCGCCGGUGGUCUCGAUGCCGGCGGCCAUGUGGUCCAUGCACUCGGCGGCCAUUUGCAUGCGCGUGAGGCCGAGCGACGGGUCCUGCAGGCGGGCCAGCAGCGUGAAGCGGGCGGCCGCCGCGCCGCCCUCCGCCUUGGCGUCGCCGGCCGCACGGCUGUCGCCCACGGCCGCCAACGACGAGUCGACGGCGUCCAGCACGAUUUGCUUGGCGCGCGGGAUGGACCGCUGCGGCGGAAGCAGGCCGAGGGCGUCGGCGACGCGCUCGAGCGGGCGGCUGUAGUACUCGAGCAGGCGGCGGGCCAGGCUGUUGUCAAACGACACCUCGCGCAUAAUGGCCUCGUCGGCGGCGUCGCGCAGGGCGUCGCUGCCGUGCGGGUGGAACAGGUGGUGCGUCACGCCGUCAAAGGCGUAGCUGUGCAGCGCAAUGUACGUGUCGAGCACGCCGUCGGGGGCGGCUGCCGCCGCGCGCUGCGUGAACCGCGCCGCCCGCGCCCGGAGGCCCUGCAGCGCGUCCUCCUUGACGACGCUGGAGUUGGCGUAGCGGUCCGCCAGGAUGCGGCGGCGGCGGCUGUGCGUCUGCUUGUCGAGCGUCGAGAACAUGGUGGGCGUGCCGUACUGCCGAAACAGGUGGUAGAACUCGGUCUUGUCGUAGCCGCUGCCGUUGGACAUGUAGAUUUCCUUGAGCGCCGGCAGCGACGCGAACGCGACCUCGUUGGGCGCGAGCCGCACGACGCUGCCGUAGCGCCGGUGCAGGCCGUGGACAUACCGCGUGCGCUGGCCGCGGAACUCGUGGUACUUGAGCGGCAGGGACGACAGCACGUUGAGGCGCGGGCCGGGCACGGCGGCACCGGCCGACACGAGGCGCCGGAUGGCCGUGAGGACGGUGGCGAGGAUCGCCGCUCCGAGCAGCAGGGGGACGGAGAUGAGGGCCAUGUCUUCUAA